UGGAGAUGUGACCAUUCUUUAUUGAUAGCAAUAUUUUCCCUUAUGGGAAAUUGGGGUGAAAAUCUGCUGCAUAGUCUGUUCUCUGUUGCCCAGUCUUUGACAUGGAAUCACUUGCAAACUGACAGUAUAUUCACCAGUAUAUUCUCAAAUUGCCUUUCUAAAACAAAUACAAUGCGCAUUAACUCAGUUGGGAGUUUCUGUAAGUCAGAUGUGCAUAGAUUUAGAGGUUACUCCCUCUAUGGCCCUAGGUGACAGAAGGGAAACAAACAUCAUACACUUUAAAACUAUGUGGUGGUGAAUUUGAAUUUGUAUUGGACAACAUUAGUAAUGGAACAUGACCGAGAGGAUCAUUGUAUGUAUGCAUGUGUGCCAGAUGCAGAGACAAUCAGGAUAAUUACAAAUAAAACCAACUGAGAGGUUAUUUAAAAUAAGCCUAACUUCUCUACUCGCUUGAGCUUUCACUUUAGAUACACACUAUACUGUGUAUUUUCGAUUUUAACUAGUCUGACCUAUUUUGUGUCGGCGAAAAGCGUAUGCUGUUCUUCGCCUGCUUUAUUCUGUGUUGAAUUGAAGAAGACGAGCGAGUAUUCAGCGGUGGACUGGUAACAACAGCUGCAGUGCUAAAGAGAAGGAAAAAGCCACGGAGAAAGGAGGUGCUGUAUUUGUAUCACCGGAGGCUUAAUAGUCCAGACCCAUCCAACAGGACAGGAAUGACUGGGUUGAUGUGGUGAGAUGUGCUGUUUGUCAUGGCGAGGGGGCUGUUUUCAUGGGCCUGGCUAAGAAAGCCUUACUAUAUUCAGGCUCGUUUGUCAUAUAUGCGCAUGAAGUAUUUCUUCUUCAGCUGGCUGGCUGUGUUCAUUGGCAGCUGGGUGGUGUAUGUCCAGUAUUCUACCUACACAGAGCUCUGCCGAGGCCAGGACUGCAAGAACACAAUAUGUGAUAAAUACAGAAAGGGGGUGAUCGAUGGGUCAGCCUGCAGCAGCCUAUGUGACAAGGAAACCCUCUAUCUGGGGAAGUGCCUGUCAACUAGAUCCAAUAACCAGGUCUACAUGGGAAGUUGGGGAGAUUUAGAGGCAGUGAUAAAAUGCCAGAUGGAGGAAGCGGUUCAUUUCGAUUUGGGAGCAGAUACGGAGCCAAGAAAGGGAGCAGUGUUAUUUGACAAGCCAACCAAAGGGACCUCCGUAGAAAAAUUUAAAGAAAUGGUGUUCAGUCAUUUGAAGGCAAAGGUUGGUGAUCAGGCAAACCUGCUGGAUCUGGUUGGUUUAAUCAUCUCCGUGGCAGACGGGAAUAAGGAUGGCCAUAUCUCUUUACCGGAAGCGAAAUCCACAUGGGCACUCCUGCAGCUAAAUGAGUUUCUGCUGAUGAUAAUACUUCAGGAUAAAGAGCACACUCCCAAACUGCUGGGAUUCUGCGGGGACCUUUAUGUCAUGGAAAAAGUACAAUAUACCUCUUUAUAUGGGAUCAGCAUUCCUUGGAUCAUGGAAUUGUUUGUUCCCUCUGGAGUGAGGCGGAGUAUGGACCAGUGGUUCACACCAUCCUGGCCUAGAAAGGCCAAGAUCUCCAUUGGGCUGCUGGAAUUCGUGGAAGACAUCUUCCACGGGACUUUUGGGAACUUCCUGAUGUGUGACACCAGUGCCAACAAUUUUGGCUACAAUGCCAAGCACGACCUUAAAAUGGUGGACAUGAGGAAAAUCGUUCCCGAAGUUACUUUCAAAGACCUCAUCAGAGACCGUCACUGUGAGACUGAUGAAGACUGUGUCUAUGGUAUGGAUUGCAGGACCACCUGUGACCAAACUAAAAAGAAGUGCACCACAGAAGUGAUCCAGCCUAACCUGGCCAAGGCGUGUCAGUCCCUGAAAGACUACCUUCUGCGGGGGGCCCCUCCCGAGAUCAGAGAGGAGCUGGAGAAGCAGCUGUACUCCUGCAUCGCCCUCAAGGGAACCGCAGACCAGAUGGAAAUGGAACACUCCUUAAUACUGAACAACUUGAAAACGUUGCUGUGGAAAAAGAUUUCGCACACAAAAGACUCCUAAUGAAGAAACUGAACUUUGAAGAUUUUGUUUUUCUUUCUGUUGGCCUUUUUAAUAACCUAACAAUGUGAUUGUGGAAAAAUGCAUUGGUACUAGAAAAGUAGUCACGGGUGAGCCUUUUUGUGUUUGUGUAACAUGUACAUUUUAAACAAAUUUGACUAGUAUGUUCAUGACCAUAUACCCAGUAUCGAUUGUGCCAUAUACAAUGAGCGUGCUUCAAGUUAAUUUUUAAGUUUUGGUUUAAGAGUGAAAACAGAAAAUUCACAAGCAAAAUAUUAGCAGUGGCUAAAGACAUGUAAUAAUCUACUAUACCACAGGAGGCUGUUUACCACUUCUGAAGGAAGUUCAUAAAAUAAUUUACAGAUUUUGAUGCUGCAGUUGCCUCAUUAGUUAAUCUUCAUGUGUAUGCAAUUAUGUUGUACCUGUAAUGUUUUAUUAUUUUUAACCAAGAAACCACUAUUUAGUACUUGCUGUGGUUAAGGUCAUUGCUGUCGUUUCAGAAUGAAAUGUUCAGUUUACUCAGAUGUUUACUAAAAGUUUGGCAUGACAAAUUUGCACAUUAAAGAACAAAACAAG